GCUCUCUGGCUUAGCAACAGAAUGCUUGAGCUUCAUUGACCAUCGUAAGUCGAGGAUUACUUACGGGGAGACGUCACCCCCUACCACAUUUCAAUCCUGGCCAAGAUGCUAGUCCUCGUGGGUUGGCUGUUUUUUGGCUGUUUUUUGCACUUGAAUACCCUUAAAAAGUUUGCUUUGCAGAGUGAGAUAGGCCUGGACUGUCCUACGUUUUAAGGCCAUUAGUGCAAAAAACAAGACUGCACCAGAGGCAUGUGCGAACUGCCCCCCUCCCUUUCUGAGCAGGAAAGUGUUAAACGGGGGAGGAGAUCAUGUUUCGGGAAAGGAAGUAGAUUUAAUCUGGAGCUGACUGUACACCGAUAAGGAUCGCCUAGGGGAGGGCCCAUGCUAUGAGAUAAUCUAUUUUGGAAAUAGGAUGUGAGCUUUGAUACCCAUGUAGUGUUGAGUAUCUCCAGCACGUGUUGCUCAAAACGAUGGGUGGGGCAGAAAUGGGAAAAAAAAUGAGGGGUGGGGGCAGCAUUGUCACACAGGAGGCCCCCUUUGUGUCUUUAAAAACUGCAUCCUUCUCUGACUUCUCCGUAUAAUUCUAGAAAAUCAGGUUGGUACUCCCAAAGGCCUGGCACUAAAGGAAAGCUGACGGGGAGGGAAGAGGAAAAACAAAAACAGCCAAUCUAGAUAUUCACUGUUAAUAGCCUCUUUCUGAGCGACUCCAAUGUAAAGUUUCAACUUUACUAAGAAGCCACUCCAAAUUUUCCUGGAGAGAGCUUGUCGUUUUGUAUUGUGUGUUUGGUUUUCAUCUUACCACGUCUUUAAAAAUACAGACAAAGUUCAUUCCGACAGGUGUUAAAGUGUGGCUAGAAGAAAAGCGGAUAUGAACCAAGGGCAAAAGUUAAACCAGUAUAAAACCAAAAGGAAACAUUGAACAGGGCAAUUUGUUUCGUGGCGAGAGAGCCUGCAGGCAAAUUUAAUCAAUGACUAAAAGAAUAAAAUCAAUGAUGGUCUAAAAAUAAACCUAGGUUUGAAUCGUAACGGUGUGCUUUGGCUUCUUAACUAUGGUUAGCUUGAUCCAGUGGUGGAAUCGAGCCAUGAUAGCAAUAAACCAUGAUGGAGAAUUUCCGACGCUGAAGCCAGUGCCAGGAAAAGUUGAGUUCCCACAACCGCUCAGGACAGCAACAUCUAUUUAUCUUCAUCUCCGUGGUAUUUAUUGAAAUGAUAAAGAAAAGAAAAUUGCCCUUAUUUUUCAGGGUUAGCGGUUAUGACGAAAAAAAUAACAGGUGGCAGUUUGGGCAGAAAAUUCAGAAUUUCCCUCUGGAAUUAGAGAUGAGGGGUGGAUUCUGAGAAUUUAAAAAAAAAAUAAUAGUUUCCAGCCUCAGAAUUUUAUACAAGCCAUUGAAUUAGAUAGAUAGAUAGAUAGAUAGAUAGAUAGAUAGAUAGAUAGAUAGAUAGAUAGAUAGAUAGAUAGAUAGAUAGAUAGAUAAUUUUGUUUUGUAAUUUCAAGGAAUUUCCCUGCCUUCACCGAACUAAGCAGAUGAAAGAAAGUCAGAAUAGUUUUGCCACUUCAGCAGAAAUCCUUAAAAAUUAAAAUAUACAAACAGAUCUGGUGAAGAUUCUCAGAAGUGGAGUCAGCGCCUUCCAAGGACCUUGCUUGCCACGGUUAUUAAGUGAAUCACUGCAGUUGUUAAGUUAGCAGCGUGUCAGAAGGUUGCACAAGGGGAUCACGUGACCCCGGGACACGGCAACUGUCCUAAGUACAAGUCAGUUUCCAAACCUCUGAAUUUUGUCCACCUGACCGCGGGGAUGCUGCGACAGUCGUAAACGUGAAAAAAAUCGUCCUCAGUCACUUUUGUCAGUACCGUUGUGACUUAGGACGGUCGCUAAAUGAACCAUUAUAAGUCGAGUGUGUCAGGGUCCUUGUUUGUUUCAUUUUGGUUUUUCUUCUCCAGGAGCGUCUUAGUAAAAGACAUUUGGGAAGGAAGAAGCAGCGUGAAGGUGCACAAUUUUGGGGAGACCCAUGGAUAAGGAGAUCUUUCUGGUGACUUUGUUGAUCUUCUCUGCUGGAUCGCAAGUCCUGGGUGGAAUGAAGGAUAAGGAAGCCAGGAAGAUAUUCCGAGAAGUGGAAGGAACGGCUUUCAAGAGGAAAAAAAGCCCGAGAUCGGUCGGACCAGAAAAUCAGAGCAACCCUGGGCUCUCCUUGAGGUCGUCAGACACCUGUCCGAAAGGCACGCACCGCCGCAUGGACAAGUGUUCAAAGUGCAAACGUUGCACAGACGACAAUACAAUUGUGGCGCAGGAAUGCCGAGACAACCAGGACACGGUGUGUAGUUGCGCGGCGGGCUAUUUCAAUGACGAGGGUGUUCACCACAUCUUAAACUGCAGGAAAUGUACAAACUGCGCAUCUCUGCACAAGAAGACGGCGCAGGCCUGCCGCCAAGACGAGGACGCCGAGUGCAAAUUCUGCCUUCCUGGCUUCUGCGAGGAUAAAAAGACCUGCGUGCCGUGUGCAACGGAAACCGCUGCCUUGGCCAAUUUGGGAGAAAAAGCAGUGUUUGCCUCCACGAUGGCUCCUGGUAGGAUCGGCUCGACUCCCAGCAGGAUUGCCAAAGAUGAGCAGUGCAACGUGGCAUGUAAAAUCGCUGUAGGUGCCUGUGGGUGCAUUUUCCUUCUGGUGGGGGCCCUGAUUCUCUAUUUUAAGAAAAGAAAAAUGACUUCUCAUCAGGAAAAGCCUGUCCCUGCUCCGAAUAUCUACAUUAGCAGCCCCUAUUUUGGCUCUCCGGUUGCCUCCCUUCCUGAGACAGUCAUGCUGGUGGACAAAGCCCCUCCACCUUCCCGCUCGCUGCAACAAGGCCGGAAGCUGUACACCGUGAUCAACGCCGUGCCCGUCCGCCGGUGGAAGGAGUUUGUGAGGGGCUUGGGCCUGCAGGACAGUGAAAUUGAGCUGGUGGAACUGGAGCACUCUCAGUUCCGCGAGCAGCAGUACGAGAUGUUAAAACGCUGGUGUCAGCAGCGGGGGCCCUCAUUGGAGGCUAUUUUGGACACCCUGGAGGCCAUGCAGUUGGGCGGCUGUGCCCAGGAACUGAGGGAGAAGCUGCAGAGGGAGCAUUUGUGGGGCAACCCAUAAAGCUGACGGUGAUGGGGACUGUCCUUGUACGGGCAGGUAACGUCUUGGUUGAGUCGGUGUACGAGUGGCAGAAUGGGAAGACUCGCACGACCACAACCAUCUCGGUGUAGCCAACGCGCUACAGUCUUCAUGCCAUGGCUAACUCGCCGUGGAAUAGCUUGCUGAGGUCCAUUUGGCACAGAACUCACCGCGGACAAUUCUACGCAGAGUAACUCAACACAAUAAAUGUUACCCGCCACUGUUUCUUCAACAUUAUUUUUGUGGAACUAGGCAAAAUGGAAAUUACAUUGCAGAAACAGUGGCGGAUAACAUUUAUCGCAUUGAGUGCGUAGAAUUUCUCCUACGGUGAGUUGGCCGUAGUGAGGUGUCCUAGACCCACAAGCAUAGUGUUACAUUGUUGCUGACGUAUGAUUCCAGCCUGGAAAUGCUCAGGUCUGAACUCCAAUGGACAGUACCCAGUUGCUUGAGCUCUCCGCCUCGUUCACAGCCCAUUCAUCUUGUACAUAACCGUCAACCUCGUUGGUAACUUGCUAGUUCGUCUUCUGUGCAAAAGAUACCCCAUGGAUUUUGUGGAGGCAAAGCAUGAGCACACAGCGGGCGACUCGUGACGUAUCUUGGCAGAGCCAUCAAAAUCAUUUUGCCUAACACCGGACAACUCGCUACCUUUUCGACAAAGCCAAUAAUCCUGUUUUGUCUAACAGUAGGAUCAACAUUGCUUUUUGGACAGAUCGGUCCGAUAUAACGCUACCCAACUCGAGGUAUUACUUGAAUUUUAUUACGGUAUUUCUGUUUGGAACGCCAGAAUGCAAGAAGUCCUCAAUUUGAAAACAUUCUAAUGUGAAUCUGUAGUCACUGAUCUCCCCACCACAACCCCAGUGGCUCACAUUCAAAAAGCAAGCAUGCCUACCUCACAGGUUACGAGGUUAUGAGAUUCGCUCGCUCUGAAGGGUUCAGACACCGCAACAGGUAGUAGACAUUGUAUGUCACUUUUAAAUAAACUUUUAAUCUGUUCUUCAUGGGGAACAAGGCAACGAUAUUCUGGAAAGCAGUUUUUCUUACUGUGACACUAACGUGCUUCAGUAAGAGCGCCCCACUUUCCUUGCCUAGUUGGGGGGCACAAAUCAUUGUUUUCCCCACUAGCAAAGUUCUUUCCUUUAGGGUUGCCCUGUUUUGGGGGUGCAAUCUUGCUGUGCCCAAUCCGUUUGCAAAGCAUUUCUUGUCAGGAGUUGCAAAAUGGUUUUAUUUGCCCAGGAUCUGGGUUUGGGCUGAACGAAUGGACCUUUAACAAAAUGAGCAAACGAGAGGGACAGAUCCC